ACCGUCGACCGCGACUGACGUUCCUAUAGAUAUUUCUCAUUUCCAUCUUUUACGUCUACUUCGAUAUCCCGCGUUCAAUCGAUAGCAAGCGAAUAUUUAUCGAUCGUGUUUCUACACGGUAUCGAAUCUCGAUCGCGAAUAAAGUGAAAGUUUAUUUUCUAACCUGUCGUGCCAGAAAAUUCCAAGUAUUGACGCUCUUAUUCGACAACCUGUAGGAGUUUCCAACUGCCAAAACGUGUUUACAUCUUCGACAAGUGAUUAAAUUCAGAAUAAAUAGAUGCAUCGAUCUAACACAGUGACAUCUCGCGGACUAAAAGUGCAUUAGAAGAAGAGGAAUAGUUUCUGAUUGGACGUCAAUAUUGGAUAGUAUUGGAUAAUAUUGUCAUGGCGUUGGCGGGAAGCUAAUAGAGAGUAUAUCCGUCAUGGAAUACGACGACACUGAGCAUACUCUACAUGCUUAAGAAGAUAGGAUGAACGUGUUGGUAAGUAUCCUGGACAUCCGUCGUGUGAACCAGAAGCGGAGAAGCAGUCGUUGGAGAAGAAGUUGCUGGUAGCAGCCGUAGCAGAGGAAAGUCCGUGGAGUGUAGAGUGCAUCUCGAGGAGGCAAGUGAAAUCACGACGUCUUGUCCGGAGGGUACGUGCUUGGGCGACGAGGGGCGGCAACUGGCCGAUGGGAUGCAUCUACCGGUGGGUUCAGUGGGUUGCGGGGAGAAUUACGCCACCGUUGGAUCCCACGAAGGCGCCGGUCCGUGCGGCCCCUCACUGGCGCCUCUUCAGGGGGUAAACACCAGGUACCAGCAGGCCGACGACGCCGACGCCGGGGGAGGUGGUGGCGAAAUGAGCGAGGGUGCCGCCGUCGGCGAGCUUUGGUGGACCGAAAGACUCGUCGGCGAGGCACAAGCUGAACAUCCUGGUGAAUUGGUUCGAACAGGAUCACCAUAUUUUCUCUGCAGUCAAUUGCCAACACAUUGGAGAUCCAACAAGACGCUUCCAGUGGCGUUCAAAGUUGUCGCUCUGGGCGAAGUCGUGGAUGGAACAUUGGUGACAGUACGAGCGGGUAAUGAUGAAAACUGUUGCGCCGAGCUAAGGAAUUCCACUACGUUGAUGAAGAAUCAAGUAGCCAAAUUCAACGAUUUAAGGUUCGUCGGAAGAAGUGGUAGGGGGCAGACUCACAUCCCCGGACUGGCGCGAGUUCCCGCGCUACCCCGUGUCCCCGGCUUGACCCGAGGGACUUUCCCCGACGCGCCAAGCCCGUUCACCCCCUACCUCCGGGACUCGGAGCCGUACAGGAGGAAUAAGCACCACGUCGGGAACAACGUCACCGCGAAUUCGGUUAGCGGUGGCUGCACCAACCCCAACAACACCGAUCCGACCGCAUCGCCUGCUUCGAGCGGCCACCUCGGGGCCAACAGCGGCUCCUCGGCUCAUCAAGAUUGCUACAAGCACAGCCCCCAGCACGGCGAUACGGGUACAGCAGGGAGCGCGGAAUGGACUUAUCCGUCGGCGGCACCGUCUUAUCCUGCUCCCCCGGUAAGCAGCGGCGGCUCGUUCUCACCGAUUCCUGGAGGAGCGUUCUCGUAUCCGGGUGAGGCCCUCUCUCAUCACCCGACCACCGAGCCUGUACCAUUGCCAACUGUUCUGCCGUCGGACAGCCAACAGGACACGUACACGCCGAACUGCGUGUCGAUGUAUCCGACGAGCCACGGAAGCUCGUCGACCUCGUUGCCGUUGGUUCCGCGAAAUCGGGCGAGCCGGACAUUUUCGCGGGGGGCGGAGGGGCGGGGAGCGGGGGGAGCCCGGGCUACCACUACGGCUCGUGGACCCACUCGGGGCCGGCAACCCCGGUCCCGGUCGCCUCGCACAACUACAACCCGAAUUACCAGGGCUACUACAACAACCCGAGCCAGAACUACAUCAGCCCGGCGCCCAUGGUCCUCUACCCGCAGUUGUACAGCACGGUGAACCAGAACCAGAUCCACCUGCACCUUCACGGGGACCUGAGCGAGGAACAGGUGACCAUUGCCGGCAGCAAUCUGACCAUAAGCAGCAACAGGCUGGAGAUCGGCGUGAUGGGCGAGGAGAACGAGCAGAGGAACGACGUUUGGAGACCUUAUUGAGCCCCGAUCAAUGAUCUUUGCCG